AAAUUGAUAUUUUUGUUAAAAUUCCUACCUCUACGCCUCUCGGAAUUCCAAGCAAAAAUCGUCCCGCAGUCAAACGGUCAAGUCGAGUAAACGCGCGAAUGGAUUUUUAUUUGUCGGUCAUUGUUCGAAUAAAAUUACUCCGAGGUCGCGUGCAGAUUCGGUGACGACAAAGUGAAAAGAACGACGAACCUUUUCCAGGUUAUGUGGACUCGCUCCCAAUUACGCGCGUUUCGCAACGCCACGAGUUUCCGUUCGUUCUCGACGAUCGAGAAACCGGCGUUCACGUGCGACAGGUACAAGGUGCAACGAGGACCCUACGCUAGGAUCUCGGACGAGCACGCGACCUUCUUCGAUGGUCUGCUCGGUCGCAACAGGGUGCUCUCGAACGCGGAGGAGUGCGAGGAUUACAACAUAGAUUACGCGAGAAUCGUCAGAGGUAAGAGCAGUCUGGUGCUGAAGCCGAAAACGACGGAGGAAGUGUCCGCCAUACUGAGGUAUUGCAACGAGAAACGGUUGGCCGUGUGCCCUCAAAGCGGAAACACCGGUCUCGUGGGUGGCAGCGUGCCCGUGUUCGACGAGAUCGUUCUCUCCAUGAAGCUCAUGAACCGAAUCAUCGAGACGAACGAGCUGGCAGGGGUGCUGACCUGUGAGGCUGGCUGCGUCCUGGAGGACCUGGACAAUCACCUGUCGACCGCGGGGUUGAUGAUGCCCAUCGAUCUAGGCGCCAAGGGUAGCUGCUUGAUCGGCGGUUGCGUGUCCACGAACGCCGGAGGUGUCAGGCUUUUCCGUUACGGGAACCUGCACGGGAACGUGCUGGGCCUCGAGGCAGUGAAAGCGAACGGGGACGUGGUGGACUGCUUGAACACGCUGAAGAAGAACAACACCGGCUACCAUUUGAAGCACUUGUUCAUAGGAUCCGAGGGAACCCUGGGAGUCGUGACGAAAGUCGCGAUCCAAUGUCCACCUCUUCCUAAAGCUACGAACGUCGCGUUCUUAGGCUUGCGUAGCUUCGACCACGCGCUGAAAACGUUCCAGCUGGCUAAAAAGGAACUCGGGGAAAUCCUGUCCUCCUUCGAGUUGAUGGACAGACUAUCCCUGAACACUUCCGUCCAAGUGUACAACAUGAAGAGCCCGUUGACGUCGAAGCCCGACGGCCACGACUUCUACAUCCUGUUGGAGACCUCGGGGAGCAACGCGAACCACGACGAGGAGAAGCUCGCGGCCUUCGUGGAGAAGGCUCUCGCCGACGACAUAAUCGAGGACGGCACCCUGACGUCGGAUCCUGCUAAAAUAAAAUACAUGUGGUCGAUCAGGGAGCACAUCAGCGACGCUAUACUGAAAGAAGGCUACGUGUUUAAAUACGACAUCUCGAUACCUUAUUUAUCCUUCUACGAGGUGAUCGAGGUUCUCAGGAAACGUUUGCGCGAUCCGAGCAUCAAAAAGAUCAGCGGUUACGGGCACAUGGGCGACGGAAAUCUCCACGUGCAAAUUUGCAUACCGUCUUACGACGCUAAUAUAGCGUCCCAGAUAGAGCCAUUCAUCUUCGAGUACGUUUCGAAACUUCGCGGAAGCGUCAGCGCCGAGCACGGUAUAGGAUUUAUGAAAACGAAGUAUCUGCAGAUGAGCAGAACGCCUUCCGAGAUCGAGCUCAUGCAAGAUCUGAAGUCUAUGAUGGAUCCUAAUGGUAUACUAAAUCCGUACAAGGUCCUCCAUCCACGGAAACUUUAGAAUAAUUAAGUUCUCCAUAUUGUGUAUUGUACAGAAUACUCGACGAGUUGAGACUGUGGUGUAAUGUAAUAUUAUAUUAGGUCGUCCUAAAAGUUCGUGCCAUUUAUACUUCUAUUUCUCAAAUUAAUAUGUGAAACACAUUCUUAAGUGUCACAAGAAAAGAUAAUCUGUCUCAUUUCACAAUAGUUUCUCACCUCUCUCAGAUAGUCAUUGUACCGUUACUAGAAAAUUUCUGUGGUUUUUUAUUAAAUUUCGACACAGUUUUCGGCACGAACUUAUGGGACGACCUAAUAGAAUAAAUGUAAUAUAGAUAAUAUUUGAAACGUGCAAAAA